CACUCUCCUUCCUUCAUCAUCCACUACUCUCCCAUGUAAUUAAUUCUCUCUCCUCUCUCCUUUUCAGCAUGCCCUCUUCAUUUGACCUUCACAUUCUUUUCUAGCUUCCUAAUCUAUGAACUCCAUGAUACUCAUCAACUAAUAAUCACAACCAACUCCGACAAUGCCGCCCACGGGCACCCCGGGACCCCAUCCUUACCGGGACAACCUCAACCAAGACGCGCCGCCGCCGUCCAGGAAAUCGCUAUCCUUCUCCCCAAUCCCUGAAGAAGAAUCCUCCGAUGACGACGAACACAGCAGCAUCAAACUUCACCGCCUCGACACCCACCAAACCUCCACCUCCACCUCCACCUCCCACAAACCACUAGCAACCGCAACAGCAACCGCCUACGCAUACCCAACAACCAACCGCCCCUCAGACGUCGAAGCCUACCUCUCCUCCAUCACCGAAGCCGAGCGCGAACUCCUAACCGCCGCGCACGAUUUCGAACUCACCGACGACGAUGACAGCGAUGCGCAAUCCGUUGGCUCGGACGUUGGGCUUAGGAAGGGCUCGUCGGCGGGAGGCAGGCAUCGGCGCAAGUCGUCGUCGUUCCGGCGGCAUACACCCCGUAUGGGCUGGGGGUGGCAGAAGACGAGAUACUAUUAUCGGAAAGUUUGGUGGAGGGCGCUGGUGGUUGUUGGGCUUGUUUUGGCUGGGUUGGUGUGGGUGUUUUUGAGGUUUGCGGGGAAGGGGAGGGAGGGGGGGAGGGUGGUUGUGAGUUUUUCCUUCCCUGUCCCCUCAGCUCGGUUUUCAGCUGGCUAGGUGAUUUAGGGGUGUGAGUUUUUGUGGUCCAGAGCUAAUUGAUGUGUUUGGUAGGAUAUGCCUCCCUCUGAAUCGUGGUUUCCGACUCCACAAGGCGGUGCGCUUGAGGAUUGGGCGGAUGAUUAUCGCAGGGCCGAGAUGCUGGUGCGGAAUAUGACGCUCAUUGAGAAGAUCAAUAUUACGACUGGAGUUGGGUGGCAGAUGGGCAUGUGUGUCGGGAAUACAGGUUCGUCUUUUUGUCCCUG